AUGCAUAUCGGCAUCGGGAGAAUAAAUCAUAUACAAUUUAAUUGGAGAAAAAUUAUCGCAGCAACAACAAUUGGUGGAAGUGCUCUUACAGUACUAAUAAACUUAUAUAUAAAAUUCAUUGAGUACGAUGUAAUUUCUCCUGAUAAAUUUAUUCCUUUAACAAUAAAUAAAAUAACACCAGUUAAUCAUAAUACAAGUAUUUUUCGUCUGAAAUUUCCUAAACCAUUAAAAGAAACAUUACCAAUUACAUCUUAUUUUCUUAUUAAAGAUGAUUCAAUUCAAAUUGUUCGCGAGUAUACACCUAUAUCUCCAACAAAUGAAAGAAAUUACAUUGAAUUUUUGAUCAAGAGAUAUAACAAGGGACACUUAUCACGAUAUAUUCAUUCCUUAAAAGAAGGUAAUAUUGUGGAAGUGAGAGGUCCAAUAUUAACCUUUCCAUAUACACCAAACAUGAAAUCACAUAUUGGAAUGAUCUGCGGUGGAACCGGGAUAACCCCAAUGUAUCAAUUAAUUAAACAUAUCCUCUACAACCCUGAAGAUAAAACAAAAAUACAUAUGAUCUAUGCAAAUGUUACCAAACAAGAUAUUCUUCUUCUUCAAGAAUUAGAUCAAUUAUCUCAAAAACAUCCUGAUCAAUUAAAAAUCUUUUAUACUUUGGAUCAACCUCCUAAUGACGAAUUAUGGACACAAGGUGUUGGAUAUGUAUCUCAAAAGAUCAUUAAAGACCAUAUUCCUGGACCUCAAGAGGAUGUGCUUGUACUUGUUUGUGGACCCGAUGGGAUGAUUCGAUAUAUAAGCGGUGAUAAAGCGAGAGAUUUAUCACAAGGACUUGUUGGUGGCAUAUUGAAAAAUCUUGGAUAUAAGCAACAUCAAGUUUUUAAAUUUUGA